AUGCAUCACAAUGCCGAAUAUGACAUAGAGGAGGCUUGGAGACCGUGGCGAAGUCGCCGUAAAAUUUCGCCACCUGCCACUCAUCGUAUUGACGUCAUCGAAGAUUACACCGGCUCGUCGCCCGCGUUAACAAAGGCCGCGGAGACUGUUGGGGGAGGGGGGCUGAGGAAGGCUGCGAAAAGUCGGCGACUGGAACAUCCUCAUCGCCUUCUGCCUACCGGGGGCGUAACAGCAAAGCAAGGGCUGACGAAGAUCGACGGAACGACGACGAAGGUACCAAUCACCAAUGAAGACAUUACCCGUCCUGAACGCAGGAGACACACAUCGCGAUGCCGUUAUAGCACGUCAGAAUAG